AUGAUCAGGCUCGAAGAUGCUUCCAUGGGGGCUAUAUUGCUGACUUGUGUCCUUGUGCUUGCAGGCCUGCAUUUCAUUCGACUGACACUACUCGGCGACCAAUUGGACGAGUUCCCCAGCGUCAAUCCUCGAAAACCCUGGGAAAUUGUCAAUGUCUUCGCCCAAAGAAGGUUUCAGCAGAACGGUCCCGAGUAUCUGCAAGCUGGGUUUGCACAGUCGCCCAUCUUCAGAGUGGUCACCGAUCUGGGACCAAAAUUAGUAGUGUCUGGGGCCUUCAUCGAGGAAUUUAAAGAUGAAAAGCUGUUGGACCAUUACAAGUCGAUGGUCGAGGAUUUUAUGGCGGAGAUACCCGGUUUCGAGUCGAUGUUUCUGGGAAAUUUUCACAAUACGGUUCUUCGCGAUGUGAUUUCCGUCAUCACCCGCGAACUAGGUAAUUCCUUUUCCCUCUUACGGUCUGCCCAUCUACUGACUCCUGUCUCUAUAGAACAAUUGCUGUCUCCCCUCUCGGAUGAAGUGUCGGCGGCUAUGGUAGAUACCUGGACAGAUUCAUCAGACUGGCACGAGGUGGCACUGCUUCCCAGCAUGCUGGGGUUGAUCGCCAAAGUCUCAUCUCUUGUCUUCGUGGGCGAACCGUUGUGCCGUGACCCAGUCUGGUUGGAGACAGUGAUCAACUUCACCCUGAUUCGGCACAACGCCAUGCUAGCGCUCCACAAGUGCCCUGUUGUGCUUCGACCCGUCCUUCACUGGGUUCUCCCUCCAUGCCAGAAACUCCGACGAGAGAUCAAAACUGCACGGACACUGAUCGACUCUGCUUUGGAAAAAUCAAGAAAGAAUCCGUCCACUGAGAAAUUCUCCAGCGUUGCCUGGGUCGACGCUUUUGCCAACGGCAAUAAGUAUAAUGCGACCAUGGUGCAGCUAAGACUGGCGAAUGCGUCCAUCCACUCCAGCGCCGAUCUCUUGGUCAAGGUGCUUAUCAACCUAUGCGAUCAGCCAGGCUUGAUUCAGGACCUGCGUGACGAGAUUAUUUCCGUCCUCGGGGAGAAUGGAUGGCGAUCCUCGACACUGAACCAAUUAAAGCUCCUUGAUAGUGUUUUGAAAGAGAGCCAGCGACUACAUCCAGUCACUACCGGUGCAUUUUCGCGCUUUACUCGGCAGAAUAUCAAGCUGACCAAUGGAGCUGAGAUUCCCACAGGAACACCUGUUUUGGUGACUAACGAUGUCGCCAAGGAUGCCAACAUCUAUCCUGAUCCCGAGAUCUUCGAUGGGUACCGGUACUUUAGAAUGCGUGAAGGAGCCGACAAGGCCCGGGCACCGUUCACGACGACGGGCCAAAAUCACCUUGGGUUUGGGUAUGGGAAGUAUGCCUGUCCUGGUCGAUUCUUUGCUGCUACCGAGAUCAAGAUAGCGCUCUGCCAUAUGUUGCUGAAGUAUGAAUGGAGGCUGGUGAAGGAUAUCCCGCAUGAUGUGAUUACAAGUGGGUUCGCGGCAUUCCGUGACCCUCGGGCAAGCAUAGAAGUCCGGAGACGCACGCUGGUGGGAGAUGAGCUCGACGUAUUGACUAGAAAGAUGUGA